GGAACUUUGCGGUGAGAGCGUGGGGGAGAUAGUAACGCUGGAGGCGGGGAUGGAUUGCAUGUUGCAUGGAGGGAUGGAUAGAUUUUCGCAUGAAAGGGGCAAAAUGAAGCUGCACUUCCUAGCAUUUAGUUAUUUAAUAGUAUCCUGAGAUGAUUGCUAGAAAGCAUGGAAUCAUCGAAGGAUAUAAAAUUUAUUACUGAUGAGACACUGGAUUUUGAACUAUUUUCUCCUUUGGAUGGCAUUGAUUGCUGUUAUAGACAAGAGGGAGAGUCUAUAACUUGUCCCCUUGAACUCAAUGACAAGAGUGUGGAACAAGCAGUUGAGCUGAACAUCUUGUUGGAGAAGAAUGAUGGAAAGGCCAGAGAGCCAAUUCCCCAGUGGAGUCCCCUGACUCCAAUGAAGCUGGAGGAGGUCAUGAAAGAAGCUAACUUGCUGGCUAUGCAGCUUGAGAAAUGUCAGCUCCUGGAAAAGCAGAAUAUCAGUUCUGAAACAAAGCUUGAGACGGUUCUAGAACAUAAGCUUUUACCCCCAAUCAGAUUCUUGUGUGCAGAGACUGAGAGUCCCCAGACCUCCCGGAGAAAGACUUUCAAUGUGAAAAACAGUCCUCUGAAAGCUCUGCUCCCAACGGUGGAACCAGUUUCCUGCUUGGCUCAAGAUUCCCCCAAAGCUCUGCUUUCCAAAGACAGAAAUCCUUCUUCCCACCUGGAGGACUUGCCUAGUCCCAGAAGACUCCAAAAUACAUCUUAUGUGUGCAGCGCUGAUGUUCCCCAAGCUAAGCUCUCUGAACCCAAGGCCUUGGUGACAAUGACAUCUGGCAACAAAAAGCUUCAGGCAACUAUCAGGAACAGCAGGACAGAUAAAGCACUUGUCCUCCCCACUACUACAAAAGACCAGGAGCCAUUGCUGCAUUUGAAACCUCUCCCUCAAACCAGCAUAAGGAAAAUGCUGAGGAAGACAGAAGCUUCUGCUAAAAAUGUUUCUGAUCAAGGUUCACUGGUUUCCUCUAACAAAGAGACAGUGCUUGCUGCACAAGUGAAAAAAAAGCCAAUUCCUCAGUUGCGUCUCUUGCGGACCAGCCCUGUGAAAAAAAUUCCAGUUGCUCCAGAAAAGAGGGUACCUCUCCAGAAAACAAAUGCAAGUCAGGUGAAAACUAUGAGAGGCAAUGGCCCCAACACACAAGCCAUCUCCAAGCCUCGUGGUGGUUCUUGUCAGAUUCAGACAAGACAUACUGCCACAUCUGCACUGGCAAGCCAACUUCCAGUGCCAAAACCAAUCAAUCAUACUGCUGCUGUUUUAGGCAGGUAUGCCAUUCCUGGGAAAUCCAGCCAGUUUAAACCACUGAGUUCAGAAACAUCUGGUGGGCAAAGAUCCAUUAAACCAACUGCUAUGGUUGGGAAGAAAGCUGCAUGUCAGAAGCCAGUCUCACCUGGCACUUUUCAGAACAGCAGGAUGAGACUACCAAAGACGACAACUUCUAGCAGUUCAAAAUGAGGGGCUGGAUUCCUGGGUUUUGAAGCCACGUAAGUGUCCUACUUCAAAUGGAAAAACAUUGGCUCUCUAAGACAAUAGGGGAGAAAGUCAACCCACAUGCUGGUGAGAGAUUGGCUGCAGUGCUCUUCUGUCGAAUGUUCUGGGUAUUGAAUGCUUGUGGAUCUGAUGAUUAGCAGCUGAAAAUCUAUCCACAUUGUUUAUAAAAACAAAAUCCCAGUCCUUGGAUUUUAAAAAGUACAUUAGUGAUUGCGCUAAAUAAUGGAAUAGAUUUGAGGUGUAUGUAAAAAGUACAAUACAAAUUAAUAUUAAGUGCAUACAUACUGAUUUCAAGCGUUUGUAGACCUGUCCUAACUACUUGCUCCAUCUGUCCUUUAAGAUAAUACUACUAGCCAUUACUCUAAUCUUGGGAGCAAGCCCGAAAGAACUGAUAAUCUUGGACGAUGUCUUCCUUUUGAAGAUAAAGCUGCUUUGGUCUCCUAGAAGCUCCUGGAAUCACUUCUUUCGAGAGAACUUUCAAAGCUUGCAUUGUGCUUCUCCUCUAACGUUAUCACACUCUGGGUUUGUGGUUUGAGGAUCUGGAAUAAGGAAGCACUGCCAGUUCUUGUCCUAUCAUUACAUUCCUUAGAUUUAUAAACGAAACUUUUUGAGGGCUCCAAGUCUCUUUGAGCUGCAGCCUAUGAAGCUUUGCUGAGCCAUUGCUGAAAGGGGGAAGUUCAGCUCAGCAGCAGAGACUCUCCUGACUUUUUAAUGGUUGCUUUAGCUUAAAACUUUAUUAGAUAAAAAAACAGCCUGACUGGAACUCAGUGGAAUAUUUAGUCUCUUAUAAGGUACACCAACCACUCUACAGCAUUGAGCUGUAAAGAAGCAUUAUGUAAUAUUGAAUAAUAUAUGCACUGUUGAUCAUUUUGAUAUUAAUUUAAAAGUAAACACUAAUAUAGGAUUUCAGUUGUUAUAAUGUAUUUUCCGGCGUAUAAGGCGACUCGGCGUAUAAGACAACCCCCGUCUUCGGAGCUGAUUUCCAUGCCUAGAAAGUCUCUUACACGUCGGAAACUACCGUAAUUUCCAGUGUAUAAGACGACUCGCCGUAUAAGACGACCCCCAACUUCGGCGCCAUUUUCAACGCUUUAGAAAGUCGUCUUAUACGCCGGAAAAUGCGGUAUGUAAAGUACUUGUUCCUUUUGAUUAAACUUAUUCAAAAGUAAGAAACCUUUUGAUUCUUAUUGUGUGAAAGACUACACAACUCUCAUUUCAAACCCUUUUAUCUUUUCAUUCUUAUUCCAUACCUCCUUUUUAUAUAAAUACCUCCUUUUUAUAUUAAACGGAGGAUGGUCAGUAGUAGUGCUAUUAAUCCACAGAUUUCCUGUGCUAUUAACCUAAACAGAGGUAAAAAAAAAAAAAAAUUAACUUACUCUGUUAUGGAGUUGCUAAAGAUUUAUCCCAAAACAUAAAUCACACACAUUAAAUAGCAUUUUUAUACUGCUCUUGAUUAUUCCUAGGACAUUUGUGGCUUAGAUGAUGGAAAAGCAGCACACAGUGCUGAAAAUACCUUUGCUUUUGAGCCAGUUUCAUACUAUUUAGACCUACAGUAAAUAAAUGCAAAAAAAUACUUCUAAGCUGUUGCAGUGGAAUUCUUAGAAGCCUAGUUUUGAACAGAUCUACCUCCCUGCCUUCAUUAUCAAUCUACUUAAUCAAAUUUGCAACAAUCUAACACAGAGAAAAAUGCCUUGAACAAAAAAUCUUCAGUUCCUUCCUAUUCUAAAUUAAAUGGUGGUUCCCUAAUGGACAAUAAAGCUUUAAGUGAAGGAAGUUGAGACUAUUUAAGCAAUCUCUGCAGAAGUGGUGUAAUAAUGUGUUAAGCAUCUCAAUACUCUUCAUUUCAAGACUAUAUAGUGACAGGAUCCUAUUCAAAGACUGCAGAGUGAUUCCUCGAUAUAUGGAAAUUCUUCCUCCAGCAGAUGCUAAGGAAUAGAAGAUGAAUCCCUUGCAGCUUAAGGAGUUGCAACAGUGAAGUUAAUCUUUAUGUCUUGCACAAGAUUGAAGGACAAAAUGCUGUAUCAAUUCUGCCACUAUAUUCAUGAAUGUUGUAUCGCUAUUUUCUAAUUUCUGAAAAAAAAUAUAUGUGCCUUUCUAAUAAAAACACACAUCUGCAUAACAAUUUGUAGCAAAACCAACUCCUCGAGUAAUUAUUGCCGCUUGGUGAUCAGUGCUCACUCGGGGAUAAGAGAACCAAUACUGUUAAUUCCUUUUCAGUAACAGAAGCUUGACUUUUGUCCCAUUUUGAUAUCGUUAAUGUAAUGUCUCCAGAUAGAUAGACCAGGUACAUUGUUCAGACAAAAACUGAAUGAAUUACAAAACCCGCAGUGAACCAUCAUAUUUCUGCAAAGAUUAAGGGUUUCUCAAAAUCGGUAAAUCAUUAUCAGAAAAGCUGGGGGGUCAUCUUUCUAUAUAUUUGAAAGAGAAGACAUCUAGAUUCUCUUUUAUAAUGCCUCUGCCCAGUAGCAAGGAAACUUAAUAGCUUCAACUCUUUUCUAUUGAAUUCAGGUUCUUGGUCUUCCCUUUCCCUACUCAAUGUUCUAGUAGAGAUAGACAAAGCACUGAUAUAGAACCACCUACAUGGAACUAUGGUUUUAUUAUUUAGGAAAAGGGGCGAACUCUAUUAUAUUUACAUUAAGAACCCUCCCUAAACACUUGAGAUAUUUAACCAAAGGAAAAGCCUGUAACCCAUCAAGAAUUAAAAAAAAAAAUGUUCCUCCCAAAAAAUUAAAUCGUAAUUCUUCCUGUGCUUUUCCCUCUCAUCAAACUGGGCUUCUUAAGGAAAAGUAAGGUUUGCUUCCCUGGCAAUAUUCCACGAACUUCAACAACUGCUUGUCAAGCAGAAAUCCAAAGACUACCGUUUCCAAUUCAGUAGAUGAGGCUGUGACACGAACGCAUUUAUUUCUUGAAUUUCUGCAUGCAUCACAGCUACUCAAGACUAUGGAAACAGCUGUACAUGGCUUCAGCUGAGUUCUGCUGGAAAUGACUUUACUAGCUAAUGAAGAGGAAAAAGAUGGGUUGGAUCAAUGGAAAUUCGUAGUAGAAGACAAGAACCUUGAACCUACAAUGGCAUAUGCUUAGGUCUGGACAAUGGCGGUGGCGAUUUAUUGCCUAGGAAAUGAAAGGUGUGCUCAGUUGUAAAUAUAUGCAUAUACAUCUUUAAAAAAUAAUAAAUUAAAAAGCAGACAUGUCAAAUACAUCCUUUCCACAGUUAAAACAGCUAAUUAGCUCUUUAUAGACAGCAGAGGGACACUUAAAAAUUAAUUAGCUGCAGCGAUGAAGCAGAAGCUGAACUCUUCACAUCAAGCUCCCCAUACAAGACAGUUUCUCAGUUUUUAAUACAGUUAAGGUUUAACACUUCCUUGGUCAUGAAUGGAGUGGCAUACCUCCCCCUCCGAUUCCGUCCCACCUGGCACAGGAAUAGGUAGGAAAAAACUCUUUUCCCUGGAAGUCGCUGCUGCUGUAGAGAGCUUAGUUUGAAUCCUUUACUACCACUGCUUUCAAGUUUGUUUCAAUUAAUGGAUUUGCCAUAUAAGAAAGAUUUUGCAUAGGAAGUUAUUGUAGGCUAGUUUGUGCAUUUGACUUACAGUCUAAAAACUCAGCAUUUAGAGGUACUUGCGAUUGGGAUGAUGGAGCAGGUAACCGGUGCUUUUUUGUCUGGUAGAAAUCUAAUACUUUCAAUGGUUUCAGAGAAGCCAAAAUGUAGUAAGUGAAAAUGGUUUUUAAUAAGGAAAAAUUUCCAAGGCUUCAUUUGUUUGAUAGCUGCCUUAAUGGAGCCCUGACAUAAAAUAUAAUGCAAUGUUGCUUGGAGGAGAAUGUAAUUUCAUGUUUUUAUGAAGGAAUGGGGCUUGAUGGAAGACACUGUAGAAAUGCCAUUGAUCUUUCCUUCCAACCUUCUUUCAGCAUACCAAAACAAAAUAAAUAUAUUCAGGAAUAAAUUAGCCUCUAUCUUAACAGGUGGCAAUUUGAGAGGGAGCCUUUUUGGUUUGCCUCUCCUUAUCCAGGAGUUAAGACAUCUGUAGUCCUCCAAAUACAGCUAAUAAUCCCCAGCUUUUAUCAUCUGGGUUGGGGAUACCUGUAACUUAGUUACAUCUGAAAGGCCUCCUGUCCUAGUGACUUUUUCUUCUGAUUUACUUACUCUAACGCAGGAGUGUCAAACUGCCAGCCUGCAGGCCGGAUGCGUCAUGCUGAAACCGCGCCCACCCCAUUGCCGGCAAUGGAAAAAAAA